AUGCUACAUAGAGUCUUGCCGCCAUGGCAGAGCUUGGCAAAGCAUCAUCAUCGUCUGCAUUGCAUAUUCUCCUUUCUGCAACACGAUCUCUCAACGUCGGCUUCUCAAUUGUACCAGCACGAGCCGCUGAUCGAGGAAAAAGAAGCACUGCCAUCCCCAACCACAGAGUUCGAUUCUCAUGCGUACGCGGGAAUUCUCCAGCACUGCACCAAAACCAACGACCCCAACAACGGAAAAGCCCAGCACUGCCACAUCUUGAAGAGGGGAAACUGUUUGGAUUUGUUUUCUCGCAACAUUUUGCUCAACAUGUACGCGAAAACAGGGUUUCUGCAUGACGCAGUUAGGCUGUUCGAUGAAAUGCCUGAUAGAAACGUGAUAUCCUUUGUUACAGUGGUUCAGGGAUUUAUGGAACACGAAGAGUACAAAAAGGCCGUUGAUUUGUUCUCCACGUUGCAUAAGGAGGGUCAUGAGCUAAAUGCUUACGUUUUCACCACGCUUUUGAAGUUGCUUGUGAGCAUGGGCUCGGUGGAUCCGGUGUGGGGCAUACAUGCUUGUGCUCACAAGCUAGGUCACGACUCCAAUGCUUUUGUUGCCACCGCUCUUGUUGAUUGUUAUUCAGUUUAUGGGUGUGCAGGGGCUGCUAAGGAAGUGUUUGAGGGAGUUGUUGACAAGGACAUGGUUUGCUGGACGGGUAUGGUUUCGUGUUAUGCUGAAAAUAAUUGUCAUGAAGAGGCGCUGGACCUCUUUGGCCGAAUGAGGUUCGAAGGCAUGUUGCCGAAUAAUUUCACUUUUGGGAGUGUGAUUAAGGCUUGUGUCGGGCUUAAUGCUGUUGGUUUGGGAAAGAGUGUUCAUGGCUUAGUUCUGAAGACUAGUUACGAGCAAGAUGGUUAUGUUGGCGUCUCGUUGCUUGACCUGUACACUAGAUGCGGAGACAUCAACGAUGCCCGGAAAGUGUUUGAGGAGAUCCCUAAAGAUGAUGUUGUUCCCUGGAGCUUCAUGAUUGCCCGCUACUCACAGAGUGAUUGCUGUACGGAGGCCUUGGAUAUGUUUCUUCGGAUGAGGAAGACGACAGUAUGGCCUAACCAGUUCACUCUAGCAAGCGUUCUUAAAGCCUGCGCAACUCUUGCUGAACUGGAAUUGGGAAAGCAGAUCCACAGUCACAUUCUCAAGGUCGGUCUCGACAGGAAUGUGUUUGCAUUGAACGCACUCAUGGACGUGUAUGCCAAAUGUGGAAAGAUGGAGGCCUCGAUGGAUUUAUUCGCGGAGUCCCGAAAUAUAAACGAGGUCUCGUGGAACACGAUGAUAGUCGGGUACGUCCAGCAUGGCGAUACCGAGAAAGCCUUUACACUCUUCUUGAAUAUGCACGAGGAGGGAGUGAGGGCGUCUGAGGUAACAUACUCCAACUUACUCCGUGCUGCCGCCAGCAUGGCUGCUCUGGAAGCCGGCGUUCAGAUCCAUGCAGUGGCUGUCAAAACCAUGUACGCAGGAGAAGAUGUCGUUUGCAACGCACUCAUCGACAUGUACUCGAAAUGCGGGCGUAUAGAAGACGCGCGUCUCGUUUUCGACUCCAUGGGCGAGCGCCGAGACAUUAUCUCGUGGAACUCGAUCGUGUCGGCGUACGGGACCCACGGCCUCGGAGCCGAGGCUCUGAGAAUAUUCGAAAGCAUGCGCGAAACCGAUAUCAUGCCUAAUGAGAUGACUUUCGUGGCCGUGCUCAAGGCGUGCAGCAACACGGGGCUGUUAGAGCAAGGGCAGUCGUACUUUGCCUCCAUGCGGGAGGAUUACGGGAUCGAGCCUUGCAUGGAGCACUACACAUGCAUGGUGUCGCUUUUCGGUAGGUCGGGUCAUCUCGACAAGGCUAUGAAGACGAUAGAGGAGAUCGCGAACGAGCCGCCGAGCGUAAUGGUGUGGCGAGCCUUGCUUGGAGCUUGCGUCGUGCACAAGAACGUCGAGAUCGGGAGGUUGGCUGCCGAGCGCGUGCUCGAGAUGGAGCCUUUAGAUGAAUCUGCGCAUGUGCUGAUGUCAAAUAUAUACGCGACUGCCAAGAGUUGGGACAAUGUGGCUGUUGUUAGGAAAAGCAUGGUGAGGAAAAGGGUGAAGAAAGAGCCGGGGCUCAGUUGGGUAGAGAACCAGGGGACGAUUCACUAUUUUGCAGUUGGGGACGAUUCGCAUCCAGAGAUCAAACUAAUCCGGUGUAUGCUCGAGUGGUUGAACCUGAGGAGCAGUAUAGCUGGGUAUGCUCCCAACUGUGAUGCUAUCUUGCUUGAUGUGGAGGAGGAUGAGAAGGCACGUCUAUUGUGGCUGCAUAGUGAGAGGAUAGCUUUGGCGUAUGGUCUGCUUAGGCUGUCUCCUGGGAGUCCUAUACGCAUUAUUAAAAAUCUCCGGAUAUGUGCCGACUGUCAUGUGGCGAUUAAGUUCGUGUCUCAGUUGGUGCGGAGAGAAAUUGUCAUUAGGGAUAUAAACCGGUUUCACCACUUCAGGGAUGGUGUUUGCUCUUGCAAUGAUUACUGGUGA